CAUGGGUUUAGGUUUCCCGCUACACGGAACAGCCCGCCAACCUGUUGAGACGGUGUUAUCCAAAGCCAUGCUUAGAACACCCAUGUGUCUGCGGCCAGCCAAUCCGUGCUCUCUGGCUGCUAGUAUGGUGGUGGGCGUGAUCAAGGUGGUGUGUGGCCGCCUGGCUGUGCGCUGAGUCAGUGUUCUGCGCUCCGCCUGUAGCACUCAGCUGCUUGAUCAACUGUUGCGCUUCUCCCGGGUAUGCGGCGGCCCAAAGCAGGCCGGGGUCCGGCCUCCGUCCCCUCACAGCCCACCAUCAGUCACUUCUUCCGGCAACAGUCAGCACCAAGCCGCCCCCCUCAGGUCUCUGGUACCAGUGCAGUGCAAGAUGGAGAGCCAGUUCUGAAAAGAAGAAAAACUGGCCAUGAAAGUGAAGGGAAUGAUGGCACCGGUGUAGAACAUACAGAGCAGAAAAUGUGCGGAAAAUCAGUUGUUUCCAAUUGCACUCUGAAUAAGCUAAGGGAGUUUAGCAGCGAGUCAGGGCGACCGAUAAAUGAGCAGCAGGCCAUGCAACUACCGGAGUGCUUGGCUUCUUCUCCUGGGCUUAAAGAUGGCCUCCUGAAAUCAGAAAUCAUGAUUCAAGAUGGAGAUUCACCUUCUAACCUCAGCGCCAAAAAAGUCAAGUCAGACUCCCUCCCCUCUUCCAGGCAGCGGGAAAACCCUGUCAAUUCUUCACAAGCAAAAACUUCCAACCGCAGAACAAAAACUAUAUACACACCCCUUGAGGAGCAGUAUAUGGAAAUUAAAAAGCAGCACAAGGAUGCAGUUCUAUGUGUUGAAUGUGGAUACAAGUAUAGGUUCUUUGGAGAAGAUGCAGAGAUUGCUGCCCGGGAACUGAACAUAUAUUGCCACCUCGACCACAAUUUUAUGAGUGCAAGUAUCCCUACACACCGGUUAUUUGUCCAUGUUAGACGACUUGUUGCAAAAGGCUAUAAAGUCGGCGUUGUAAAACAGACAGAAACUGCAGCGCUGAAGGCAGCGGGUGAAAGCAAAAAUUCUUUAUUUACAAGACAACUUACUGCUUUGUACACAAAGUCAACACUUAUAGGAGAAGAUGUAAACCCUUUGAUACAUAUGGAUAAUUCACUGGAGGUUGAGACUGCGAUGACCGAUGCUCCAAGCAGCUACCUUAUGUGCAUUUGUGAAAGUCCGGACAGAUCUAAACAUAAGAAAUCUGAUGACCUUGUCUUCGGCCUAGUGGCCCUCCAGCCUUCAACAGGAGAAGUAAUACAUGACACCUUUCAUGACUCUAAGUCCCGCUCUGAGUUGGAGACCAGAAUAUUACGUUUGCAGCCAGUGGAAAUUCUGCUUCCCUCUGAGAUUUCUGAUGGAACGGAGAAGCUGAUGAACAAUAUAACAUCUGCAUGCUUACGGGAUGAUGACCGAAUACGUAUAGAGAGGAUGGCAAAACAUCAUUUUGAAUAUGCAGAAGCGUUUCAGCUCAUCAGUGACUUUUAUGGGCAUGGAUCAGAUUCUCAAACAUUAACUGAAGUCCUGAAACUAGACAAGAUAGUGAUUUGCUCUUUGGCUGCCCUCAUCACCUAUCUUAAGGAAUUCAGUCUGGAUAGGAUACUUCAUAGUCCAAGCAAUUUCAUGCCAAUGUCUAAUUCAGUAGAAUACAUGAAAAUGAAUGGGACAACACUCAGGAAUCUGGAAAUCUUACAAAAUCAAACUGACCAGAAGACAAGAGGCAGCUUGAUCUGGGUACUGGACCACACUAAAACCUCAUUUGGAAGAAGAAAACUCAGACAGUGGGUGACGCAGCCAGUAAUAAAUGCAAGUGAAAUCAAUGCUCGCCUGGAUGCUGUGUCAGAGGUGCUAACGUCAGACAGUGGUGUUUUUAACCAGAUUCGGGGCUAUCUAUGUAAAUUGCCAGAUCUGGACAGAGGGAUUUGCAGUAUUUACCACAAAAAAUGUUCCCCUCAGGAGUUUUUCCUAGUAGUCAGCACAUUGCGUUUCUUGGAAAGCCACCUUGAAGCAUUGAUUCCUGCCAUUAAUUCUCAAGUUAGAUCCACCUUGUUGAAAAAGAUUUUCACAGAGGUCCCACAAAUUCUCAGCCCAGUGCAAAGGUUUGCACAGGUGUUAAAUGAAGAAGCAGCCAAAACUGGAAAUAAAACUGAACUCUUUAAAGACCUCACAGAGUUUCCCAAAAUAAGCCAAAGGAAGGCUGAGAUCCAAGAGGUACUCUCACAAAUUCUAGGACAUCUGACAGCCAUUCGUAAAAUAUUGAAAAAUCCUUCCAUUUCUUUUACAACAGUGUCUGGACAGGAGUUUUUAAUCGAAAUAAAGAAUUCUUUGCUGUGCAGUGUACCAUCUGACUGGGUUACUGUAAGUAGUACAAAAGCUGUCACUCGCUUCCACUCUCCUUUUAUAGUAGAAAAUUACAGACAUCUGAAUCUGCUUCGGGAGCAUUUAGUCCUUGACUGCAAUACUGAAUGGCUGCAUUUUCUUGACAAAUUUGGAGAGCAUUACCAUUCAUUAUCUGAGGCUGUGAAUCACCUAGCAACUGCUGACUGCAUUUUCUCUUUGGCUGAUGUGGCCAAACACAGUGAUUAUUGCAGACCAACAGUGCAUGAUUGUGGAAGUCAAGUAAUUAUUAAAAAUGGCCGCCAUCCUGUGAUUGACUUAUUACUGGAAGAGCAAAAUCAGUAUGUCCCGAACAGCACCAGCCUGUUAGCAGACUCGGAGAGAGUGAUGAUUAUCACUGGGCCGAACAUGGGUGGAAAGAGCUCGUAUAUCAAGCAGGUAGCUCUCAUCACUAUCAUGGCACAGAUAGGCUCUUAUGUCCCCGCAGAAGAAGUCACUAUUGGUGUUGUGGAUGGAAUUUUUACAAGAAUGGGAGCUGCAGAUAAUAUUUAUAAAGGGAGAAGCACUUUCAUGGAAGAGCUGUCCGAGACAGUGGAGAUAUUAAAGCAGGCCAGCCCUCGGUCUCUUGUCAUAUUGGAUGAAUUGGGCAGGGGCACCAGUACGCAUGAUGGUAUCGCAAUUGCAUAUGCGACUCUGGAAUACAUUAUAAAAGAUGUGACAUCAUUAACAUUGUUUGUUACACAUUAUCCUCCAUUAUGUGAACUGGAAAAGCGUUACCCAGCUUUUGUUGGGAACUACCAUAUGGCUUUUUUCCUUGAUGAAGACCAAGGGACAGAAAACGAGUCUGAAGUUGCGCAUAAGCUGGAGAAUAUUACAUUCUUAUAUCAGAUAACUCGAGGAGUCGCUGCAAGGAGUUAUGGAUUGAAUGUUGCUCAACUGGCAGACAUCCCAGAGGAAGUUUUAAGGAAAGCAGCUUGUAAAUCUAAGGAGCUGGAGGGGCUAGUGGAUUGUAAAAGAAAGAAGAUGAAGACAUUUCAAAUAGCUUGGAAUUGGAAUGUUGAUAGUUCCAAGGAACUCCAAGCACUAUUCACCCCUGAGUGUAUCAUCUGAACGUUCCACUCUGUAGUCGAAAGCCAAUUUAACAAAGUCAUUGAGUGGAGAAUUUCUUAGCCUUUAGGGAUGUACUUAUUCUAUAAUGAUUGAUUCUUUUGAAAACCAGUAGAAUCCGAUACCCUACUUUCCAUGCACAAAUGACCCAUGAGGAACGUAGACAAUAACGCUUGGUCUGGCGUUUUAGCGCCUUGGAAUGAUAAAUGCAAAGCAAAAUCGCAACAAGCUCAGCAAUCGCGUAAUGUUGGCUGAAUUGCAGAAAGUCUACAUUUAAAGAUAUUCAUAUUUGGGUAAUAUCUGGAUUUUGUGCAGCCCUAGUAAUUUUGAAUUGUAAUCAUGAAUUUUCUAGUCUAAUUACAUCUUUUUUUAAAUAUGGCAUUAGUCUGCAUUUAUUUCCUUCACCGACUCAUUACUAGGUAAUCUCAGUGUUGUCUUAUUCUCACAUCUGUGCAUAGAUUUUGCUUUAGGCCUAGUAUGUCUUUUUACCCGUUAGGGGGUGAAUCCAAUUCGGCUUUUUAUACACGCUGCCUGAUUCAGUUAGCAGUACCCAGCUCAUUAAACACAGAGGGCAAUCUUAACCUCAUAGCCUCUGGUGCUGCGAGGAAAAGUCUGCCAGAAAACGCAACUACUAGGGUUUAUAGUGCAGAGAAAACCAUACAUUCUGCGUUUUACACGGAAUGUAUGGGUAGCAUGCAUUAUCCCUGCGUUAACUGCUCGUGGGAAAGGCAGUUUUAUUGAAUAGCUCUGGGCCUGAAAACCUAAUUAUAUCAUAUUAAAUGUAACAAAAAUGUGUGAUUUGAGAGAGCGCGUCACAAAAGAAUAUUUAAACUCGCCCUCUUAUCUUUAUCUCAUGAUUGUUCUCUGUACCCAAGUACUGUUUCUAUUAGAUGCUUCAUUAUGUCAUGCAGCCACAACCAGUACCUGACACCUUUACACCCCAAGGAAGAGUUGUUAUGUUAUUUGACGGACACACGCACAUAAAUACAUAGUAAGCAUGGUUGGGUUUGGAGGCAUCUGUAAGCAGAUCUGUUGAAAUCGAUGUAUUAAAACAGAUCUGCUCGAAGACACUUUCAAACCCAGCUUUAUUUUAAUACAUUUAUUAGGCAUGUCUACUAAAAUGUGUCCAUUAGAUCUGUCAAAUUAUAAUUUUCAUUCAAUAGUAAAUAUUCAGUGGAGCCUUUGAUUAUGGUGCAAGUAGAAUAUGUAUUUGGAAACGACAAGCGCCAUUACACCAUAGACCUAAAGGCUGGCUGUACAUCUUGGGACCCAGUUAGCCGCAUUGUCCUGACAUUACUCUGUGCAAUGUUUCUGCAAAAACUAUAUUGCAGAGCUGUCUGUAAACUUGUCGGCGGUUAUUCACGGUGGCUUAUGCACGCCAUCAUCAUAUCACCCUCUGUGGAUAAUUUAUCCUGAUCUGUUACAUCUGGACAAACGUGUAGCCACACUUUUCUUUUUAAGCCAGAUUCAGAUUUCAAAUGGGUAUGAGAAGCAAUUACGUUACGGUAAAUGCAGCUCCCUGAAGCUAAGUGUCUGUCCUUUAUUGAGCUGGGGAAAUAUUGCUGCUUAGCACCUGCAUUUAACACUGCAUGAGACUCACUGACAUAGCCGUAGUUCUGUGUAAUUACAUUUCCAGGAAAGCAAAAAAAAAAAAAUCCCAAACUGCUCCUGUCUCAGAGUGCGCGCUAAUUCAGUAAAUGGUAUCUCGGAGCAGGAAGCAGCGCGCACAUUUGCUUUCAGUGGGCUUUGUAAUGUGUGUCAUUCAGCAGUUUAAAUGGAAAUUGUAUUUUCUUUUUAUAAACAAAUGAAUAAUGUACAUGGAUUUAUGUCGUCUCGCAGGUUUUCCUCAUGGAUAUAAUGCUGGUUUUGUAAUUCAGGAUACUGUAAAAACAAAAUGAGAAUUAAAUCUGACACAUAUUGUACAAGGGCACUUUGUAUAGGAAAUUGCCUUUUCUAUGUACUGCGGAACCAACAGAACAAGUGUAAUGGCUCACAAAGUGCUCUGCCUAUCACUCUGAUAUACUGUGUGUAUGUGUAGGUGUGUAGCUCCCCACAUACGCCUAACCACAGUGUUAUGUCAGAGCCUAGGAGAACAGCGUGUGCUGUGCACACUUUGUGUUGCAGUCAGACUGAUUUUAUUUGGGUUCUAUUGUUUUAAUCACAACAUUUGUUUCUACCUCAUGGGAUAUAUUAUAAAGCAUAUUAUGUGCUGCAUAUACAAUUGUGUUCUAUAGUAAGUAUUACAUAUCUUACAUAAACUUAGUGUGCGUUCUUAUAUAAACUUGUGUGCUAUUAUGACAGUUAUCUUAUACAAACUUGUUUAACAGUAUUACAUAUAUCUAAACUUGUGUGUUUUGUGUCUUAUAUAAACCUGGAUCUUAGUAUGCAAGUAUUAUAUAUCUUUUAUAUUAUCUUUUAUUGAUGCAGCACCACAAUGUAGCGUCUGUAGGGAAAAUGACAAUAAAACACUCAUAUAUAAUACAAUCUUCAAACACAGUAUGGGGGUAUUUGUAGUGCCAUGGGAGGUUCAGACAGGAUAAGAGCUGCAACAAUUGGGAGUGGGGUGCACAGGAGACCAGAAUUUUACAGGGUAGGAACCAAGAAUGUAGAGAGGCCUGUUCAAUGAGGUCUUACAGUUUACGGGAGUGGGGGUAAAACUGAGACGUGAACUGGGAAUGCGUAAGUUUGUGAGGAGGGAUGGUAGGCUUUCAGGAACAGGUGUGUUUUCAGGACAGUUUGGUCCCUGCAGGCUCCCUCCGUGUCUCAUACAAUGGGUCAGUUUCAAAAAAAAGUUUUCGAAUGGAGAGGAAGGCAGUCAUCGGAAGAGAGGCGACAGUAAGAAGACGAGUGGAGAGGGAGUGUGGUCUAAGAUGUAUGAGAGUGAUUGCAUUAAAGGUGAGGGUGAGCAGCUAAACUGGAUUCUCUAGGGGAAAGGGUACCGGUGAGGGAGUUAAAAAAUAGUAGCGGUUGAGACAGAGCACCAAGGUAGAAAGGUGAGAUGAGCAGCACCACUGAGUGCAGUUGUGGGUGGCACGAUGAAAUCCACAAAAUAAGUAAGAGCAGCUUUCACCUAGAUGGUUUCACCUGCCCACCUAUAAACAUAUAUACAGUACAAAAACAGGAAAAGGGUGUCCUUUUGGGAAAUGCAAAUAUCUCAAUGUGUAAAACAGACUGAAUAUAUAAAGUACCAAUUAACAGUAUACUUUGAAUGUAAUGUGAUGAAGGAUAUCCAUUAGUCCUCAUAAAGAUCAGAGAAAUACAUGUGUAGAUGUAUUAAAAAACCUUUGGUAUCUUCUGUAUAA